UUUUGAUUUGGAGAUCAGCAGCAACUUGGAGAGACAGGAGACACUUGGGAUUUGCUGCUGCAGGCAGUCCUUGCCGGGCUACCCCGACAGCCGCGCGGCGUUUGCUGCAGCAGCAGCAAGGGACGCGCUGCUGCUGCGCUGCUGCUGCUGGACCGGUUUCGCCUUUGCUGCUGAAGCAGACCGCCGCUUCCUCUGGAACGACCAUCUCCUCCAGGACUGGAGACGAUCCCAACUCGAUCCCAGGUGGACGGUCCCCCUCAUCCAAGGCUACGUAGGCUACGCGCGCAUAGAGCGUCUGCAGUCUCGAGCGCCCCCAGCAGCAGCAGCAGCAGCAGCUGCUGCUGCUGCUGCUCCUGCUGCUGCUGCUGCUGGGCGUGUUGCUGCUCUUGAGCUGCUGCUGAUUGCCCGCAGAAGCUGCAGAAGAGGAGGGACUCGAUAUAACGCCAGAGGCAUUGAUGAUGAUGGCAAUGUGGCGAACUUCGCUGAAAGCGAGCAGCGGGUGCGGCUGCUGCAGCUGAACGUACACUGCAAGUGCAGCAGCAGCAGCAGCAGCAGCAGCAGCGGCGGCGGCGUGCUGCUGUACGACUACGUGUCUCCUGCUGCUUCCCCGGCGGGUUCCCCAGCAGCGUCGCCCUUGCCCCCAGCAGCAGCAGCAGCAGCAGCGCCAGCAGCAGCAGCAGCAGCAGCAGCAGCAGCAAGCCCGCUUGUCUGCAGCAGCGGCUGCUGCUUCGGCCACUGGGCUGCGCUGCUGCAGGUCAGGGGAUCCGUUCCCCUUUUUUGGGGCCAAAAGGGUUUAGCAGCAACAGCAACUCUCAGCAGGAAUGCACUUUUGACUGCAAACGCUUUCGAAAAACACAUUCACAUGCUGCAGCGGCGCUACGGGGGCGAGGCGGUGCUAGUGAAUCUGCUGAGCAGCAGCAAAGAACAAGAAGCAAAACUUACUGCUGCGCUGCAGCAGCAGCUGCUGCUGUUUGCGGAAGAACACCCGGGCCUCAAACCCCCUCCCCUUUUCCUCUACGACUUCCACUCCAAGAUGAAGGCUAAGGCCUACGAGGCGGCGUUGGGGGACUUUGUGCAGGGGGAGCUGCUGAGUGCUGCAGCAGCAAUUGGUUUCUACUGCAGCCCCUGUGCUGCAGCAGCAGCAGGAGAAGCAGCAGCAGCAGCAGCAGCAAGGAAGCAGCGGGGGGUGCUGCGCACCAACUGCCUCGACUGCCUGGACAGAACAAACGUCUUUCAGUGGUUUUUUUGUUGGUUUUGGCUGACGCAGCUGCUGCGGGAGAGCCGCUUUGACGCCUUCCUACUGCCGGUCAAACCCUGCAAUUUGUUGACCGUCUCCUCCGCCCCUCUGGGCUUCGGCCCCUGGCUGAGGGGCCCCGGGGGCCCCUCAGGGUCUCUUGUAACUUUAGUUUUAGGAGACACGGGGGCCCCCCCGCAGCAGCAGCAGCAGCAGCAGCAGCAGCAGCAGCGGCAGCGGCAGCAGAGGAGCGGCUCGGGCGCCGCUAGCGGGGCGCACGCGGCGACGGCGUCCGCAGCAGCAGCAGCAGCAGCAGCAGCAGCAGCAGCAGCAGCAGCACUCAGCAGCAGCUUCAGCCGCGUCGAAGAAAGCAGCCGCCAGGUGUACAGACACCGCAGCAAUGCAGCAGAAGCAUCACAAGAAGAAAUUUCUGUCCUUAGAGAUGUUGUCAAAAAACUGUGGGCAGACCAGGGAGACAGCAUCAGCAUGCACUACACAGGCACUGGCUCCGUCUUGUCCUCCCAAAUCAAACAAGGAGGCCGCAGCACAUUCGCCUCCAACGUGGACCACGCCCUCAAGUCCCUCGGGAGGUUCUACCACAACACUUUCGAAGAUGCUUUUCGACAAGAGUGUUUAAAUUUGCUGCUGGGGCAGCAUCGCCUUUCGCAGCAGCAGCAGCAGCAGCAGCAGCAGCAGCAGCAGCAGCAGCGGCGGCAGCGGCGGGCGAGCGGCUCCGGCGCUGCCGACGCAGCGGGGCGCCUGCCGCCUCCCCUACCGCCCCCGGCAAGCAGCAGCAGCAGCAGCAGCAGCAGCAGCAGCAGCAGCAGCAGCUUGCCGCUGCGGGUGUGGGUGGGGACUUGGAACUUAGCAGCAGGAGACACUUACGAGUGGGACAGCAUCGAAGACUGGAUUUCUUCUGUCCCCCAAAAGCCAGACAUUUUUGUCUUUUGUGUUCAAGAAUUAGUGGAGCUGAAAGGCCUGCGGGUGCUGAUGAGUUUAAAAGACAGAGACAAAGAAAGUCGAUUGGCAAUAAAAGCAGCAGCAGGACUGCAUGCGUUUUCUUUGACAGCAGCAGAUCCUGCUUUUGUUGCUGCUCGCAACAAACUCAUCAGCAGGAGCACGCAGCAGCUAGCCAGAAGCAGCAGCAUCUGCAGCAGCGACGGGGGCCCCUGGGCCCUGGGGGCCCCCCUGGACCCUCCGCAGUCCUACAGCCGAAGCAGCAGCGGCAACCAGCAGCAGCAGCAGCAGCAGCAGGCCUACAGCAGCGUUGCAUUCUGCUGCAGCAGCAGCCCAACUAGCGAGCCCUCUGCUGCUGCUGCUGCUGCUGCGACUCCAACUGCUGCUGCUGCUGCUGCAGAUGUGGAUGGAACAACAGUUAAAGUUGGAAUGAAAGGCAACGCAGGCAACAAAGGGGCAGUUGGAGUGCGUUUGCGUUUGGGGCUUUUGGAGUUUUGUUUUCUUAAUGUCCACUUGGCUUGUGGGGUUUCGGGGGCCCAAGAAAGGCAGCAGCAGCUGCAGCAAGUGCUGCAGCAGGCCUUCCAGGGGGGCCCCGGGCGGUGGCCGCUGCCACUGCAGCACGACUUUUUGUUUAUUGGAGGAGAUUUUAAUUUUCGAUUAAAUUGUCCCCACCAAGAAGUGCUGCAACUGCUGACGCAGGGCAAUCUUUCGCAGCUUCUCGCUCACGACCAGUUCCGCGCUGCUGCACGUUCGGGUGUCUCUACAUUUGCGUCUCUUUCGGAAGCUCCAAUAUCAUUUCCUCCAACUUACAAAUUCAAAAAAAAUAAUCAAAUUUAUGAUUUAAAAAGAACUCCCGCAUGGUGUGACAGAGUGCUGUAUGGUGGCCGCCUUGUGCCCCCCCGCAGCAGCAGCAGCAGCAGCAGCAGCAGCAGCAGCAGCCCUGUGCGCUGCCUUUCCUACACCCACCACGACCGCUACUUCUCUUCUGACCACAAACCUGUCUCUGCUGUUUUUGAUGUUUAUUUGCCAGCAGCAAAGUUGCUGGGGGUGUCUCCAAACAGCAGCAGCAGCAGCAGCUGCUGCAGCGGCGGCAGGGUGUGGCAGGAGGAGCUGCAGCAGCCCGCUGCUGCUGCUGCCGCGGCACAGUCCUCCCGGGCCGCAGCCGAGCUCAUGCAGCAGCAGCUGCUGCAGCAGCAGCUGCAGCAGCAACUGCAGCAGCAGCAGCAGCAGGAGGAGAGAGACAGCCAGCGUCCAGUGUCUCCUUUUGCUGCUCUCGACUUGCUGGGGGGCGCAGCGCCGCCGCUGCUGCCAACCGACAGCAGCAGCAGAAGCUGCAAAGAAUUUAAUAGAGAUUUUAAUGAAGAGACAAACUAUAGGAGCUGGCAGCAGCAGCAAACGUGGCAGCACCAGCAGCAGCAGCAGCAAGGAGACGUUCCUGCCUUGCGAGCACUCGAGGCCAACCUCCUUAGCCUCCCCGCUUCCCCGAGGGAGCAGCAAAGCACAUCUGCUGCUGCUGCUGCUGCUGCAGGAGAGGAACUUGGCGCUGCAGACGCUGGCGCGUCAGCAGCAGCAGCAAGAGCAGCUAGCAGCAGCAGCAGCAUGGGGGCCCCCGGGAACGCCCUAGAUGAACUUGACGCCCUCCUCAGCACCAUCAGCCUGCAGCAGCAGCAGCAGCAGCACCAGCACCAGCAGCAGCAGCAGCAGCAGCUGGCGCCGGAGUGGUCCUUGCUUGACUUUUCGCAGCCUCCCAGUUUUGAAUCGCUGCAACUGCAGCAAGAGCCAGCAGCAGCAACAGCAGCUGUAACGCCUGCAGCAGCAGCACUAGCAGCACCAGCAGCAACGCCAGCAGCACCAGCAGCAAGCGAAGGCGUGGGCCUGACUGACAUUCUGCUGUAA